AGUGUACUAACACCCCACACCUAAGGGUUAUCGAAUACAUAUAUGUAUAUAAAUUCCCACACACCACACGACGGUCACACUACCAGUCCCACAUUCUUCUUUCAAUUCUCGCGACUUUUUCGUUUGUCAUUUGAGGGUGAUGAUUGGGCUCAAGUCUACACUUAAUGUAAUAGACAACUCCGGCGCACUACUCAUCGAGUGCGUCAAUGUCCUCAAACAGAAGGUCAAUAACGGCUGGGGCUCUGUCGGUGAUGAAAUAGUUUGUGUCGUCAAACGCGCGCGCCCAGUGUCAGCAGCAACUCAGGCAUCUACCACCGCGGUCAAAGUCCGACGUGGAGAUGUACGCCGAGCAGUAAUCGUGCGGACCAAGAAGUCAGUUCGAAGACCAGACGGACGUUUCAUCAGGUUCGAUGAUAAUGCGGCAGUCCUUUUGAAUAACAAGAGGGAGAUGCUGGGGACCCGUAUUGGUGGCGUUGUGAGCGCUGACUUGCGCAUGAAAGGUUGGGGGAAGAUUGUCAGCUUAGCACCAAAGGUCGUUUGAUAUAGAUGUAUAUUACAUACCCGUCUUAAAACCUACUAUUGAUUUUUCGCGGCUCCAGCGCGUCCUAUGACCACGUUUGACUUGAUGUUCGUAGAGUUCGAGCCA